UGGAGCCGGUCGCCACUCAGUCAGUCAUUGGCAGAAGUUCGGUUUGUUGAGACGCACACAUUCUGUAUUAGCGGUACGCGCCUGUUCGAAUUCCGUUAAAUAUUAAAAAAAAUAUUUGAAAAAAAAAAUAUUCUAAAAAUUAUUGUGUUUUGUAUACAUUGUUGUUUAUAUUUUGGUGUUUGGUGUUCAAAAGCGUCGUUUAGUUUGUGCUGCUAGUGGUUACACUAAGUUAACAAACCGCAACAAAUCUAUGAGCAAUUUUAAGGUCACACACAACAAGAGAGUUUAGUCGAGAUGUGCCUUUCGACACCCAUCGCCGCGGCUGCGAACAGCAGCACCACAAGUACAAAUGCCGGCAACUGCACGGGCAAUUGUGUAAAUCACAACAACAACAACAAUAAUAAUUGCACGCUAAAUGCAGCCGAUGACAGCGUUAGUAUUAGAAAUAGAUUUUGCACAAACAACAACAACAACAACAGCAAGGCAGCUGCAACAGUUGCAGACGCAACGGAGGAGCAAACCAAAGAUUUAGCUGAUAACUUAGGUUAUAAGGAAGAAAAUGCUGUCUACAAGGAAAUACCACAAAGUGCAACAACGGCCAAGGAGGUACUAACAGCGAGUGCGCCGAGCGAUGAGAUCGAAUAUAAUCCACAGAUCAGAUGGCCAGAUCUAAUAGCGCAAGCGUUUCUGCAUGGUGGUGCUCUCUAUGGCAUUUAUUUACUAUUUCAAGCGCAAUUCUACACACUUUUAUGGGUGGUGGCGCUUAUCUGGUGUUCUGGCAUUGGCAUCACCGCUGGAGCACAUCGUCUCUGGUCGCAUAAGUCUUACACCGCUUCCAUGCCGUUGCGCAUUUUGUUGGUGUUUUUGUUCACAAUCGCCGGACAGCGCGAUGCCUACACUUGGGCGCUGGAUCAUAGGAUACAUCACAAGUUCUCCGAAACGGAUGCCGAUCCGCACAACGCACAACGUGGCUUCUUCUUCUCGCAUGUGGGUUGGCUCUUCUUGACGCCACAUCCGAAAGUGAUUGAAAAACGCAAAGUCAUCGAUAUGUCCGAUUUGGAGAAUGACAGCGUGGUGAUGUUCCAGCAUAAAUUUUAUAUACCGUUAUUUGCGAUUAUCUCAAUCGCAAUGCCCGUAUUGGUGCCAUGGUACUAUUGGAAUGAGAGUUUGUGGAUCUCAUUUUGGGUCAAUUUUAAUAUGCGCUUUACGAGCACCUUGAAUGCUGCGUUCUUCGUGAAUAGUGUAGCGCAUAUGUGGGGCAAAAAGCCAUAUGACAAAAGCAUCAGUCCCGUUGAGAGUCCAUUGGUGUCGUUCUUGGCAUUAGGCGAGGGCUGGCAUAAUUAUCAUCACGUUUUCCCCUGGGACUACAAGACCGGCGAGUUCGGCAGUUACAAAUUGAAUGUGACAACUGCUUUUAUUGAUUUCUGUGCGAAAAUCGGUUGGGCCACCGGAAGAAAAUCAGUCUCACCGGAUAUGAUUAAACGGCGCGCGGCCAAAUGUGGCGACGGAACACGUUUUCUCACCGACGAAUACGCACAUAAGGAUCAAGUUUGGGGUUAUGGUGAUCGCGAUAUACAAAAGGAGGAUGCCAUUGAGUUGGCUCAAAUGAAAUGAGUAUUUUAGGCAAACAAACAACAACUACAACAAGACCAAAAUGUUUGUAUUGUAAAUUGAGGCUCUUCAAUAAGUUUUGUAUUAACUUCAACAUUCGUUCAAAUUCUUAUGUCAUUUAGACUAAGCUUUAAACUUAAGCUUUAUUCACAAAUUGUGCCUGCAAUGUGAAACGUGCAUAAAUGUUUUUUAAUAUAAUUAUAUUAUAUACCUAUAUAUAUAUAAGUAAAAGUAUUUAGUGAAAUACUGUACAUUGUCUAUAUGAAUGUUAAUAAGCCGCUCUUAAUUGAGUAUGUAUUUAACGGUUUCCUCAUGAAUUUCGGAAAGCAAGAGUGUAAUUGCCGCAAGACACUACCAAAGCGAUUAAUUAAAUAAAAUACUAAAUAAAUGAAUAUAAAUAAAAAGGCUUUCAUUAGA